UCUGAAGGAAGGUGAAGACCAGAAGGAGAUUAACAUAGAGCCAGCCCAGGCCUUAGACGAGGUGGAACCACUGCCUGAAGACUACUACACUAGACCUAUCAACCUACCUGAGGUGACAUCUCCAGGUCAGCGGCUGCUCCAGCCUGACUUCCAGCCAGCCGGAGCCUCUCAGCUCCACCCCAAACACAAACACCUGUUGAUCAAGCGCUCUCUGCGAUGCAGGAAAUGUGAGCACAAUCUGAGCAAGCCAGAAUUCAACCCAACUUCAAUAAAGUUCAAAAUCCAGCUGGUGGCUGUGAGUUACAUCCCUGAGAUCAGAAUAAUGUCCAUUCCAAACCUGCGCUUCCAGAAGGCAAGUCAAUUAUUCAAGUAAUGGAACAUGUAGUGGGAGAGUGUUACCCACGUCACCCUGGUGGGCUGUGAGGUAGGAGACCCAGUGGACAUCAACAGCACUGCGAAGGUGAUGGUUCCUACCAAGGAGUUGUUGGUCCUGGCAGGGAAGGAUGCUGCAGCAGAUUACGACGAGCUAGCCGAGCCACAGGACUUCCAGGACGACCCAGACGUGGUGGCCUUCAGAAAAUCCAAUAAGAUCGGUUUCUUCAUCAAGGUGGUCCCUCAGCGUGAGGAGGACGGGGAUGUCACGGUGUCCUUUAAGAUCCGCCACGACUUCCGCAACUUGGCGGCUCCUCAUAAGGCCGAGCGAGGAGGACGGCAUGGCCCAACCGAGGCAAUAUGGCUCACACACCACGAGCUCAGCCUGGGGCCGCUCGUAGCGUGA